UCCUGGCGCGAGCCGCUUCCUGACGCUGCCGCCGCUGCCGCUUCCCUCUCCCCCUCCCCCUCCCCUCGGUGCGCGCAGGGAGCCAGGCCCGGGGCCGCCGCCGCCAUCGCCGCCUCCCGCCAGCCCCGCACCAUGGCUGAGACGCUCUCCACCGCCACGUCCUACACCGAAGACGACUUCUACUGCCCGGUCUGUCAGGAGGUGUUCAAGACCCCAGUGCGGACCGCGGCCUGUCAGCACGUUUUUUGUAGAAAAUGUUUCCUGACUGCUAUGAGAGAAAGUGGAAUACACUGUCCCCUCUGUCGUGGAAAUGUAACUAGAAGAGAGCGAGCAUGUCCUGAACGGGCCUUAGACAUUGAAAAUGUCAUGAGGAAAUUUUCUGGUAGUUGCAGAUGCUGUGCAAAACAGAUCAAAUUUUAUCGCAUGAGACAUCAUUACAAAUCUUGUAAGAAGUAUCAGGAUGAGUAUGGUGUGUCUUCCAUCAUUCCAAACUUUCAGAUCUCUCAAGAUUCAGUAGGGAAUAGUAAUAGGAGUGAGACAUCUACAUCUGAUAACACAGAGACCUAUCAAGGAGAUGCAAGUUCUCCUGGGCAUCCCACAUUUAAGUGUCCCUUGUGUCAAGAAGCAAACUUUACAAGACAACGUUUACUGGAUCAUUGUAAUAAUAGUCACCUCUUUCAGAUAGUCCCUGUGACGUGUCCUAUUUGUGUGUCUCUUCCAUGGGGAGAUCCUAGCCAGAUUACUAGAAAUUUUGUUAGCCAUCUAAAUCAAAGACAUCAGUUUGAUUAUGGAGAAUUUGUGAAUCUUCAGUUAGAUGAGGAAACACAGUAUCAAACUGCUGUUGAAGAAUCUUAUCAAGUAAACUUCUGAAGGUUGUAGUCAUCUGCAUCUUCUAUCUGCAAGUGCCAUCUUUGAGGGAAAAGCUACGUGAAUUCACGUUUCAGUAACCUGAUGUGUAUAUUAAUAAAAAGGAUUUCAGUCUACUCUGUUUUUAUUGUAAAACAAGAAUAGACUUUUAAAAAAUGGAGGUUAUAGUAUUACUUAAACAGAAAGAAUUUCCCUGUGGUGAUGGUAAAAAAUGGAAUCUGCUGAUGUAAAUGUUGUACCUUAUUCUUUUCUAUGUUAAGCUUUCUUGAAUUUCUCAUUUCUUAUUUUUUAAUUUGAUGCAGUUUUCCCACUUUAUUCAUUGUGCAGUAAAUAAUAGCAAAUUUUUUUUAAAAAAUGGAUUAAACCCUUAUAAAUCUGAGCCAGUUAUUACUACUAUCAAAAUGGAAAUUUUGAGAAUUAAAUGGAAAGUCAUUUUUUUUUUUGUGUGAUUUGUAGCUGAAAAAUUAAUCUUAAAUUUAUAUUUAUAGAUUCUAGUAUUUUGAAGAGUAGUGAGAUUUCUUUAGUAAUAUUAACACUUAAAGAAAGGAAGGUGAAUGUUUCCAUUCUGUUUCCUUAUGUUAAAAAUGUGGAGUAUUGCAUAGCUGUGUGACUUCCUUUUUGUCAUUGGGAAGAAAUUAAGUUUUAUUUCUGUGGAAGACAGUUAAAUCCCUAAUCUCAGACUGUCAAAGACCAUUAACACUGAAGAAACAGUUACUUGAGAGCAACCUUUGGUCCCAGAAUUUAAUAGUAGUGAUACUAAGUAGUUAUGACAACAGUGAGUUUAAUGAAACGUUUUUCAUGUUGAAGGUAUUACAUGCUGAUAAACAGGUAAUUUAAAUGAGGUAUAUCCUCUUCUAUGUAUAUAAGAAAUUUUCUUUUAUUCACAAAGGCUAAGGUGUAUGCUAUAUAUUUUUGGCACUUUUGCAGGUGAUAUACAUGCACCGUUAUCUGCUUAGAUAUGAAAAAAAUGGAAAAGCAAUAUGGAGGUCAAAGGGUUUUUUAUUGGACUAGUUAAAUAUUGUAUAGUCACUAAAAUUUCCAAAAACCCACUCAGAAACCAAAUGCCAGGUUGUCCAGUUGGCUGCUAAUUUUUUUUGGGGGGGGAGGGGGAAGAGAUAGGGAGGUUGAGUUUACAUGCAUGUGUAGCACUCAUAAAGAGUUUAUGUCAUAAAGAGACUAAAGUAAUGAGAACAAAUUCUUAAGCCAGAAAGUCUAUCUCAGGACUUUGUAGUGAUAGGAUUAUCUUGUACAUUUUUUUUUUUUUUUGUCUUCACUUGUGGGAGUUGAGUGCUAGCACAUGCAUCAUAAAUUAUCUUGCACUGGAGGGCCUAAAUCAUAGAAUUAGGAUAAAGAGUGGACUCUGACAUUCCAUGCUAAUGAAUACUGUUUACGCUAUCUUUAAAAACAGCAGAAAAUGGAAACCUCAAAAGUAGUUUGCUGCUAAUAUUGUGUAAAAAAAUUCUAUUUUGGUUUUGUUAAAACCCUCAAUGUUAACUUUUCUACAGUGAACAUUUCUUAACUGAUUUAAUAAAGAUGUUAAUUUUGGAAGUGAUAUUUUGUAAAAAAAUUUUUCAAACAAGAGUAACUUACUUAAUGGGUGUCCGCAAUAAUCACAUAGGAAGCCAUACACAUAAAUGAGCAUAGCCUCUGUUCUGUCAUUCCAAAGAGUGAAAGUUGACUACAUACUUGAACAUUAUCAUUUUGGUUACAUACCCUUGGAAUUACAAUUAUAACUAAAAAAAAAGACUUUGACCUAAUUUUUUCCCCCCUAGUUUAAAGCAAUAAGUUCAAUAGUUGAAUAAUUUAAAUAUAUCAAAGUAUUUUGAGACUUGGAUAUAACUUUAAAAGCCGAAUGGCUAUGGUGUAUAAGUUGACUGGUAGUUCAUUUGAAAGAAUUGCCUUUUGAAAAGCACUGUAGCCUAUUUAAUUUGUGACUUAAGUUAAAUAUCUGUAAUGUUUGGGGUGACCAUGUCUCUCUAUAUAUCUACAUAAGACUUUUGCAUAAGCAUAAUGUUAAUGUUUUAAAAAGUUCCUAUUUGAGAAUAUGGGGCUAAUAAUGUCACUAUUUUAGGAGGUUUAUUCAGGUACCAAGUAACCUAGGUAUGGAACAAAAAAUUCUAAGAUUGAAAAUAAAGAAAUUGAAGUAAUCAGAUAUGUUUCAGACUGUCUUCCAUUUGUUAAUGAAUUAGGAAAGACUAGGGCUAAUGGGUUCACAAUAUAAGUUCAGAAUGAAAGUCUAUGAGAAUUUUUACUUGAGUUGGGGGAUGGGGGCAUUGCUUAUGGUCAAAAUGAAAUGUUUAAAUUUCACCAUACCACUUAGGAAAACCAUUCUCUUCAACCAAUUACAUUGUAUGUUGUAAAACACACUGUCUUAUUUGAGAUGUAUUGAUUUAUUUUUCAAUUAAAAGCUUUUCCCCCUUC